UGCCAACUGAUUCACGGGUUCCAGCACACUCCUCCUCUGAUCCUCUCUCUCUCUCUACACAUUUCUUUGAUGCCAAUACUCUCGUCCUCUACAAACCCAAUCAAAAAUCUCUGCAUCUUCUCAUCCAAUCUUUGGUCGCAAGCCAGCUUGUGCAGUUCGUUACGAUCCAAACCUGUCGAUUCAUUCCUUCACUGUCUCUCUCUGACUCGGAGAUCGUCUGACAUUCCAAUGGCGAUCCCUCCUAAGCCGACGUCCAUGGCUGCAACUACUUCCGGAGGUAGUGUGGAUGGCGAGGAGGGCAUCGCGAGGAGGUUCUGGAUCAAAUUCCGCCGCGAGUCGAUCUUUGCCAUGUACACUCCAUUCGUGCUCUGCCUUGCCGCGGGCAAUCUCAAGAUUGAGAGCUUCAGGCAUUACAUCGCUCAGGAUGUUCACUUCCUCAAGGCAUUUGCUCAUGCGUAUGAGUUGGCUGAAGAGUGUGCUGAUGAUGACGAUGCAAAAGUAGCAAUCUCUGAGUUGAGGAAAGGUGUUUUAGACGAACUAAAUUUGCAUGAUUCAUUUGUACGGGAAUGGGGUUCAGACCUUGCUAAAGAGGUAACCGUAAACUCUGCAACAGUUAAAUACACAGACUUUCUUGUGGCAACAGCCUCUGGGAAAGUUGAUGGAGUAAAAGGCGCUGGUAAAAUUGCAACUCCUUUUGAAAGAACAAAAUUUGCAGCCUACACACUUGGAGCCAUGACACCUUGCAUGAGGCUAUAUGCCUUCAUGGGAAAGAAGUUCCAGACUCACGUAGAUCCUGCCGAAGGCAAUCAUCCUUCCAGGAAGUGGAUUGAGAAUUAUUCAUCAGAAAGUUUUCAGGCAUCAGCUCUGCAAACCGAAGACUUACUGGAUAAACUUAGCGUCUCAUUUACAGGAGAAGAGCUUGACAUCCUUGAGAAGCUGUAUUACCAGGCCAUGAAGCUGGAAAUAGAAUUUUUCUGCGCGCAGCCGCUACAUCAGCCUACUGUGAUCCCUCUAGUAAAAGAACAUAAUCCUGCAGAAGAUCGUCUUCUGAUAUUUUCUGAUUUUGAUUUAACUUGCACUGUUGUUGAUUCAUCUGCUAUUUUGGCGGAGAUAGCAAUAGUAACUGCACCAAAAUCCGAUCAGGCUCGACCUGAAAGUCAACUUACUCGGAUGUCAUCCACUGAGCUGAGGAACACAUGGGGUCUUCUUUCAGGACAAUACACAGAAGAGUAUGAACAAUGCAUAGAAAGCAUUAUGCCCUCGGAGAAAGUUGAGUUCAACUAUGAGUCCCUACGUGGAGCAUUGGAGCAACUCUCAGAAUUUGAGAAAAGGGCUAAUUCUAGGGUGAUUGAGUCAGGGGUAUUGAAGGGUCUGAAUCUUGAAGAUAUAAAACGCGCUGGUGAACGGCUGGUUCUUCAAGAUGGUUGCACUGGUUUUUUCCGGAAAAUUGUCAAUAGUGAAAGUCUGAAUGCAAAUGUGCACAUUCUUUCUUAUUGUUGGUGUGGGGAUCUCAUUAGGUCAGCUUUUUCUGCAGGGAGCGUAAAUGCUUUAAAUGUACAUGCGAAUGAGUUCACUUUCGCAGAAUCCAUCUCCACAGGUGAAAUUACUACGAAGGUGGAAUCUCCCAUCGACAAACUGCAAGCUUUUGAUACUAUCCUGAAGGACUAUGGUGAGGACAGGAAGAACUUGAUGGUUUAUAUAGGAGAUUCAGUUGGUGACUUGCUUUGUUUGCUCAAGGCAGACAUUGGCAUUGUUAUUGGGUCUAGCUCAAGCCUAAGAAGAGUGGGGAGUCAGUUUGGUGUAUCAUUUAUUCCAUUAUUUGAUGGUUUGGUUAAGAAACAGAAGGAAUAUGUUGAAGGAAGCUCUUCUAAUUGGAAGGGACUGUCUGGCAAUCUUUACACGGUCUCUAGUUGGGCAGAAAUACAUGCCUUUAUUUUGGGGUGGUAGAGUCAUAUCUUUUGCUCUCACUCAUCAGCGUUAGCUAGGACAGAAUGAAGGAAUCAAGUUCAUGUACAAUUGAACACAAGGAUCCAAGUUGGUGGCUAAUUUUAUUAGGGGCCACUUAUAUGCCGCUGUAUUUCCCUUUUGUUCCCCCAAUAGGGUCAUCCAUUCAGAGAUGUAAUAUCACACCAUCGGCGGGAUAAUUAUGUGAUCAGGCUUGAAGUGAUUCAGCAGCAUGAUCAUUAUUGGAAAGGAGUUGGUGUUAGACAUACCAUUUUCUUUUGGUGAUAUAAUUAUACUUUGAAAUCUAAGUGCUGCUAGAUGAUUUUUCAUAUAUUGUUGCUGUUCAAUAUUUUGGCAGGGAUGGCAAUUUGGAGAAGAAAUAUAUAUAUGUAUGUAUGUAUAUUUUCAGUUACGUUGGUACUUAAACAUGCUUAGCAACUGUUGCGAUUCUCGUCGACCACAAAGUGAAUGCGUUGGUUCAAUCUGUA